GUCGGCACUAUACAACUUUUUGCUUGUUCCACGAUGACAGACGCACACAUAGAUGUUUUUUGAUUGUAUUGCUUCAUAAAUAUUUUUCGCCUACGAGAGUCAUGCAGGAGGCAACCUGCGCCAAGUUUUUAUUUAAAUAAGUAGAUAAAAGAAUUUACAAAUUAUGGAGCAGAGUAAACCGAAGUCUCCCAAAUUAUUCGUGUGCACCGCUAUAGAAAACAAGGAUGAAAUUGAAGAGAGAUACGAAAGAGUGUACAACUACGUCCAGAGCCUGGUUGUCGAUUGCAGUGAAAAAGAGGCACAUGACGCUUUAAAUAAUGCAGUGUGUAAAAAUCAUGAGGAUGUCUCUCUUGGUCUUCUCAUGUCCAUACUCACUGAACCCCAUAAUGCCACGAAAUGUUACAGAGACCUCACUCUUGUGACCAGGGAUGGUUUUACAUGUGUGCUCAACAACCUGUCAAAUUUAAUCUUAGAAAGGUAUUUGAAAUUCCAAGACACUACUCGGAAUCAAGUAUUAUGGCUUAUGAAAGAAAUGAUACGAAACAAUGUUACAGGAGUAGAUAGUAUAUGUUGGAACCUUAUGCGUUAUGCUUCUGGGGGAGAUAUUUCUCCUAAAAAUAUUAUCCUAGUUGAAUCACUCUUGGACAUUUACAUUGAAAACAGAACUUGGCUGGAUAAAUUUCCAGUGCUUAUUUGCAUGGUGGUUUACUCAUAUUUAAGAUUAAUAGAAGAUCACAAUAUACCACAGUUAAUAAAUUUAAGACAAAAAGAAGUCAAUUUUGUAUUGACACUAAUUCGAGAACGAUUUGCUGAUGUUUUAACUUUGGGAAGGGAUCUGGUACGAUUACUCCAAAAUGUUGCACGCAUUCCUGAGUUUAGUCAACUUUGGCAAGAUAUUUUGAUGAAUCCAAAAUCAUUAUGCCCAACUUUUACAAAUGUUUUACAACUCCUGCAGACUAGAACAUCUCGCAGAUACUUACAAUCUAGGCUGACUCCUGAUAUGGAGCGGAAACUGGUUUUCCUUACUUCACAAGUUAGAUUUGGACAUCAUAAAAAGUACCAAGAAUGGUUUCAAAGACAAUAUCUUGCCACUCCUGAGUCACAAUCUCUCAGGAGUGACAUGAUCAGAUUUAUUGUUGGUGUAAUACAUCCCACAAAUGAACUUUUAUGUUCUGAUAUAAUUCCUAGGUGGGCUGUCAUUGGUUGGCUCCUUACUACUUGUACGUCCAAUGUCGCUGCGUCUAAUGCCAAAUUGGCCCUUUUCUAUGAUUGGUUGUUUUAUGACCCAGAAAAGGAUAACAUCAUGAACAUAGAACCAGCAAUUCUGGUUAUGCAUCAUUCUAUGAGAUCACAUCCAGCUGUUACUGCAACUUUACUUGAUUUUCUAUGCAGAAUCAUUCCAAAUUUUUAUCCACCUUUUGCUGAUAAAGUAAGACAAGGUAUUUUUAACUCACUUCAACAAAUCAUUGAAAAGAGGGUUUUGCAAAAUUUGCACCCAUUAUUUGACUCCCCUAAACUAGACAGGGAAUUAAGAACAACUGUGAGAGAAACCUUUAAAGAAUUCUGUACUAAUGGAAAUGGGGAGGGUGUGUCAGGAAUGCGUGAUGAAGGAGCUGAGGAGUUGACAAGAGGAGGACCUGAUGAGCCUGCUUUUUCGGAUGAUGAAGAUGAUGUACCACCAAGCAUUACAGAGGAUACUGAUGAUGAUGAUUUACCACUAUCAGAAGUAAGAGCCAGGGAAAGACCCGAACUAGCUGCAGCCUUACCUCUUAUUUUACGACCAUUAGCAGAAACUCUAUUAGAUGAGCGCUCUUCGUCUGCUGCCACAGCUCUACUUAAUGCUUGUGGUUCUCCCAUGCCUACACCUAUAGCACUCGCAGAUCUGUUCACAGCCACUGUUCAGGACAUGCCACAUUUAAAAAUCAGUCGGGAUCCGAGUCCUGCAGAACUUGAUGUAGCAUCAAAUUCUCCAAUAUUUUCCAUGUUUGCUUUCCUUACAGCCACUGGUGAUGGAGCAGAAGCUAAAAGGAAACUUGUUUUAGAAACAUUCAAGGAAAUUCAUGCCCAGAAUUCUAUACACAGUAUAGGAUUUUGUUUACUGUUUUAUUUGAAGGUAUGUUAUGAACGCGAAAGACGUGCUGAACGUGAUUUGGUGAAAAAACGUGAGGUUAAAUUUAAAUCAGAGGUAUACAGAGAUUAUUGUAGCUUUCUCGAAUUAAAAGUAGGAGAGAGUUUGGCUGAUGACUUUGAAAGGUGUCAAGAAUGCGACUCAAAUGUUUUAGUGUGGUUGAUACCAGAUGUCUACAGGGAAUUUAAGGAUCAAGCUCAAAAUCACAUAAGGUUGCUCCAUGCUAUUGUUUCCACAUUAGACGCUGGGCAAUUACAAAGAUUGGUAUGCCUGACAUUACAAGGAAAUCUGAUGAUGUUCAAAUCUGAUGAUAUCACCACAAUGCUUUCCACAAGUCUGAGUUGGGAAACCUUUGAGCAAUACUGCCUCUGGCAGCUUUUAACAGCUCAUGACAUUUCAGUAGAAGAUGUCUUACCCAUCAUUCCUAAACUGUCUUUCAAAGAGCAUGCAGAAGCGCUAACAUCAGUUUUAUUGAUGUUGAAGCAAGAAAGACCAACUGCUGAUGUUUUAAGACAGUUAUUUUGUAGAUCUGUAGAUGAAGAAGAUUCAUUUGUAUUAUCAACUUUAAAAAAUUGGUGUUAUGAUUAUGAAGACAAACUUGGAGACCUUGUAUCUAUUUUAUUGAGCACACGGUAUCCUGGAACCAGUCCCAAUAAAAGAAAACGUCCUAGUAAACACAGCAUACCGCCUAAUGCCCCACCAUCAGCAGAACUGGUUUUGGCCCACUUGGAACAAAUGAGGGUGAGCUGUGUGGAAAACGACGACAUGUCCAUUUUUAAUAUGGAAUGUAUGCAGAAAGCUUUACAGCAAGCACAAUCUAAUAGUAGUGAUAGUCUAAGGAAACAGUACAUUGAUUUAUUUUCAUUAGCACGGGAAGAUGAAUUACCGAUUUCAAGGCGAGCAAGAAAAUUAGUUUCAAACUCCUUGCCAAUAAACGCAAACUUACAUUCGUCCAAUGACGACAGUGAGGAGGAAGAUUUUGUGAAACCAAAACAAGCAAAACGCCGGAAGAAAGCAAUUUCAGAUAGUGAUUGACAUAUCUCCUUUAAAAAAGAUGGUAAUUUUAAACACCAAAGUGCAACUCUACAAUACAAUAAAUGCUAGUAUUGUGUAAUACAUAUUAAUUGUUUGUUACCUUAUGUUAUUAUUCGGGUGCAAUUCCAAGAAUGGUACCUUAAUCCAUUGUCUUAUAAGUUUGCUUUGGUAUUGUAUAUGUAUGUAAAUGUUAUUUAGGUUUCCUUGUUUCAAGUAACUUUUAUUUUCUCAUUAUGAUAGAUAGUACUUAAUGCACUUUGCGGUAAAUAUUCCAUUAAAUUCAGAAUAUAAUUUACAACGCAAGCAAGGAACAUUUCCUUAUAAACCAAGCAAAAGGUAAUAUCAAAAUGUGUCCUCUACUUAGGAACCUAGUGUAAAAUUAUAAGUAUUAAAAUUAUUUCAGCAAAGCUUAUCACAUUAAAAUGGACAUGUUUCAGAAACCAAUGGCAUUUGUUUAAUUAAUUAACUUUUCCUGAAUCCUGUACUAAAAUGUACUUUCAAGAUUAACAUAACCCAUCAUAAAUCCAUGGUAUUUCCCACCAACGAUGGUCGGUGAAACAGUACUAAAAAUCAUCAGUAAAUAAAUCAGUAUCUGGAGCAUGUCCAUAAUUAUAAAUAUUAAUUUCGUGUCGCCUAACAUCGCCUGUUGCUUGGUGGCUUAAAUAUGCAUUUUCUUUUUUAAAUUAUAAACAAUAUUAUGUUCUAUAAUAAUUUAUUCACUGUACAUUUUCGGCACGGUGUUAUUAGUAAUAUAGUAUACAAUAAUAUGUUUAAUAUAAGAUACCCCAUUUGUUGUACAGUUUUUUUUUUAUCCUCUUACAGUAUCAGUCAGAUUUAUUUUAAAUAUGUAAGGUAUUCGACCAAGUUUUAUUCAAAAGAUAUAUUAUUGUAUUGAUGCAAUUUUCGAAAUACAUUUUACACUAGAAUCAAUAAAGUAUUUCCCCUUAAUUAUUAUAAACUUUUAUUUCCUUAUAAGACAGCGACAGGUCAAGUUACCCAAAUCCGUCAAAUUUCUCCAACCAACUUUGAACUUUAUAAUUUGUUAGAAACAGUUUGUGGCAAAUUGAUAUGUUGCUGUCUGUACAUUCUCUUUUAGGUACAUAAUUCGUUAUUACAAUCAACACAGUAAAAUUAAGUAUAAACCAUAAACUUGGUUUUUUGCUUCUUAGAAAUAAUGUAAUAUUGCACAAUUUUAAGAUAUAGAGACGUUUUAUUUAUUUACACUAGUAGUCUUAACAAGUCUUAGAACAAUGGCAGUUUUAGUGAGAAGGUAAUGUGAGUGCAGUGUGUGUUUCUAUUAUUUUCACCUCUUAGUAAAAAAAACUUUGACUUUUCCACAAACAUUUAGUUAUUCGACAUGACGUAGUGAACCCCAAAAAAGUAGUACGUUCCUAGGUAGGCAGUUAAGUGUUCAGAAUUAAGACGCUAAUUUCGGAUACAGUCCCAGGACACGGAGGGCCAAUUGCCUAACGCGAUUGCAAUGGCUAUCGCUUACGAUUUCAUGUUAUUAUUUCAAACCGGUUUUUAAAAUGCCUUGCGUUCUUUUUCUUCUUUUGCAUUAGUAAUAACAAUAUCAAAGAAAAUGGACGUCAGGUAUUUGAAAACCUUCGGCGGUUAGAAAAAAAAUAUAUCGUAAGCGAUAGGAAUCGCGUUAGGCGAUUGGCCCCCAGGACGUACCCACAUAAAAUCGUAAAGCUUUGCAGUACAUAAUAUCCUAUGAUUUACUACUCAUUUCGGUAUCAAAAAAGAAAAAAAAUCGUUUGCAAGCACUUGUGACCUAAAUAAUAUUGUUUAUCAACGGAGUAAUGACUGCUUGAAUAAUAAACUAGAGAAACUACUGUCCACAAUCAGCUUAUGAACUAAAUACAAAGAGAAUAGGUUUGUACUAAUGCCACAGUUAACGUAUUUCUACCUAUGCGAAUAUAACCUAAAUUUUAAAUAAGAUGCAUAUAGCAUCUUCCGCAAUCCGCGCGUAUACGUCGUAGCCAUGCGGGUUCGAAUCGCACAUCGGGAAUGUGGGAUUCGAACCCGUAUGGCUGAUAUUUUCUAGUAUAAUUGUCUUCAGAUUAAGAAAUCUAGCAGUAAGUAUACAAUGAUGAGAUUAAAAUAAAUUUCCAUUGGAAAGCUAUCCUAGCCAAGGCCAUAACGUAAACAGUAGCAUCAUAUUGAGAAAAGAAAUUUCGAAUUCUUAUAACUUUCUCAGUCGCCCAUCGUUGGAAAGUGUGGUGAUUAUCAUUUUUAUUAGACCCAAUUACCUACCACAAAAUAUAUAAAACUAAAAAAUAAAUUGUUAAAAUAAAAGACACAGGAUAUCAGUGCCUCGGGCGACGAAUAUUGUCAGUUUUCUUCCCCACCCACUAUGAUUGCGUCAAGAGUCGAGACACAUCUGGGAAUCUCUCAUUUUCUCAAAUCCUCCUCUGUAUUUUCCCGUCAGUCAUUAAGAUGUUCUUUCAACUCAUUUUGUAAUGAUGCGUACUCAUGAAUUGGACGCACUACCUAGUACUUAUAUUGUUUUGAUUAUGGACGCCGAAAAUAUAAGUACUGAUUCUGCAUGUUAUAAUACCAAUGCUAUGACCACUUACAUUUACAUACUAAAUAUGCACAAGUCAAAUUAUAAGUACAUUUUUUUAUCAGCUCAACAAAUAUCAGUUUAAAUAAAAAAGACGAACACACAAAAAAAAUGUCUGAUCCCAAUACAUCGAUACUUUACAACAAAAAUUGUAAGGUAACAAAACAAAAAUUAUUGAGAAAUGUCACAAACUUUUGGGAAUGUUCCUAUUAUACACAGAAUAAAUAAAGAUGUAAGAAAAAACAACAUAAUAUGUUAUGAAGCAUAAUUUCUAUUGGAUAGUUGAAUAUGCGUGUUCGAAUCCCGUCUGACCUGAACCUGAACUGAGUGUAUUAUUUAUUUAGUAAAAUUUUCUUUAGAUUCAUACAUCUAGCAAUUAAAUGCUAAAAAUAAUGUUUACAAUAUUAACUUUGAUUCAAUCAAAUUUCUCUAGUCCGUGACUCAAACACUUGCACGGUACCUCUAAUCACAGGUAAUAACACUACCUUUUGUUGGUGUUGUGUUUCUGUUGAUGAGUUAGGUUCCAGAGCUCUACGGGGUAGGGGAUAUGGGGCAGGGUAGCUAACGGCGCCAAUGAUACCCUUGUACUGCAAGCGUUAAGCAGGUACUGACGGGGCUAUUAGAGCGGAAAGUCUGUUGGAAUUACUAUUGUAAAAUUAGACAUUAAAUUUUCAAGAAAAAUAAUAGGUACAUCAAUUUUUUUAUGACUAUCAAUAAAAAGCAAUAAAGGAGCCUUUGACCACUACAUUUCCACCUAAUAGAUAAUAACCAAUCAAACGACGUGACAUCAAACAAUCGAACCAAUCAGCGUUCACAACCGAGAGCAACGACGCAAUCAGAACCAAAUCUUGGUCAAAUUAUGACCUAGCCCGGGGUGGCAGGCUCAUUUACAGCUGCGAGGCGCGCGAGCCCUAAAAAGGCAUUCGUUACAGACCUAUAUUUUGAUUUGAUCUUGAAUUUUAGGGGGCAAAUCAUAAGCGGCCCAGUACGCCAGGAUGUAAAAUACUCCUCUGAAGCAAUCCCAUUAAAUCCAGACCGUUACAAUAUGGCGUCAGAGGCACAUCAACUCGUACCGUCAACCAAUAGGGUCGACUAAGGGUCUGUCCAGGAGCGCGGUGUGAUAACGCGGGGAGGGCAGCUGCGGCAAACUCGAAGCAAACGCGUAGUAGCUAAGUAAGACCCCCUUACUUAUUUCAAAAGAAUAAUAUAAAAUAAAUAUUUUUUUCCGCCCGGAUUGCGGAAGAUGCAGGUUCGAAUCCUGUCUGAAACCUGGGCUGAGUGGAAUUUUUUCUAGUAAAAUUUCCUUCAGAUUUGAACAUCUGGCAGUUCAAUGAUUAAAAUAUAUAAUAAUCUAGAAUUAAGUAGUAAAUUUUGCCUUUAUUUUUGUUUACAAAUGAACUGCGACUUUUUCUAAAACUAGCAGAAUUUCCCGCCCCCCUUAAGUUUCCCCGCCACGCUACGCAGCGAAAAAUCAUUCUAGAGCUGCCCGCUCUUUUAAAUGAAAAGGUUUAAUACUUAUUUUUUAUUACCCAACCCAAUACUUAGUUGUAAUAAGUAAACUUCAUGGAAGCAAUAAUUGUAUAAGAUACAAAUAUAAUUUUAAGAGCUAAAGUUUUCCUUGCUUGUACCUUUGGCGUGCCUGUGCCUUACUAUAUUUAGGUUUCUUCUCGGGUAUUGUUUCUUCUUGCUCUUUGGAAUUGACACCUGAAAAUAAAGUACAAAUUGUAAUUUAUUUAUUUAUUUAUUAGAAACAAACGGUCAUACAUAUAAAUUUGAAAACAUAGUCAGUUUUAUAUCACUACAGACCUAUAGUUUCCUUAAUUAUAAAUCGCGCUGUACAGCUAAAACCCAGCAAAUCGAAACGAGCCAACAAUACAGAUCGACCCGGCCCCCCGCCCCCGAAAAUCCGUCAAUGUUUCUCCAGUAAUGCAUGUAUGUAAUAAGUGUGCAGUAAGUAAUGUAUGUAAAUAUAAUUUCUACGCACAAUUGUUAAACGGAUACACACUACCGGGCUCCCACAGACGAAAAGCCGAGCCAACCUGCACAAUCAACCAAUCCCGACCCACCGAGCCCCCGCCACACAGCGACGAAAUUGUUAACAAAACCUUUUAAAGUAAACAAAUUAGCGCCAAUCAAUUUAAACUAAAGAACUUUAAGUAAAUGUGAUGAAAAGCCUAUUUGCGUUACAUGUGUGAGUAUUAAAUUCUAAUCUACAUACAUAAUCAAACAGUGUAUAAUUUAAAGUUGAUU